AUGUCAUCGUUCACGGACAAACUAGCUCGCUUUGUGGAAUCAACAUGUGUUGGUUUGGCGUUGACUUUGUCCAAAGAUGUUGGGAUCUUGCAAGUUCUGCUGGACGCUCGGACACCACUGACAUCGCACCAAAUCGCUGACCAGAGAGGCAUGAAAGAAAGAUACGUGCGUGAACUUGUAGACUGUCUGGCUACAGCAGAGGUCAUCCACGCCUCCACCAGUGAUUCCGGUUGUCUGCUCUAUUACAUUGACGAGGAGGAGAAGAAAGCCUUCAAGACACCAGCCAUGGCUCGUAUGUCCUUCUCGGUGGGGAUGAUGAAAGUUUAUGACUACUUAAAAUCUUGUUUCAGCAAAACUGGGCCCUCUGGUUUCAGGAUAUCGACAGAAUUCUACGAUGCUAUUGAUGAAUAUGGAGACUGCCAAUUCGACAGCUAUGUGGACUCCCUCAUGAGAUGUGUGGACGGGCUGAAGGCUCAACUGGAAAGCGGAAUUGACGUCCUGGAAGUGGGCUGUGGAAGAGGUCGCAUGUUGGCCAAGUUAGCCCGGAUGUUUCCAGAGAGUUCCUUCACGGCCUCGGACAAAGUUCAGUCUCUCCAGGACUGGCAGAAGACCAACCUGAGCUACAUCCCCAACGUUAAAUACGACAUGCUUGAUCUGUCCUGCCCGAGUGAUCUCCCCAGCAAGCAGUACGAUUUGGUUUACUGCGUCAAUGUCAUCCAUGAUGUCCCAGAUCCUCUAGAAGCGCUGAAGACCGUCAGAAAACUGACCAAACCCGGGGGAGUUUUCACAAUGAUUGACUUCGCCACAUCGGGCAGCCCCAUCGGAGAUAAAGGAAACAUGUUAGUGGCUUUUUUGUAUUCAGUUGGUACCUUUAUGUCCGUCCCUGAGAGCUUCCAGAGAGAAGACAGUCAGGCCAUGGGUUGUUGUUGGGGAAAACAGAGGGCGGUAGAUCUUGCCACAGCUGCAGGGUUUACUGUGGAUGUUGUUUAUCUUGAAUAUCCAGUUGCACUUUUUAUUUGUAAAUAA